CCUCGGUGACGCAGUCGGUUGCUAGGUGUGAAUGGACUGACGCUUUCUCACAAUUAAGCCGCUCCUCAGUUUACAGGUCGACCACAGCAGGGCAACAACCGUGUGUUUACGCUGCAACGGAUAUUCCGAGCUCUAUUAUGGCUCUUUGAAUUCGUGAACUUGUUGGAACCGAAAAGAAGUCGUGCUUUGCUUUAGCAACGCACCCUCAAGUGCUCUACGAUUUUUCUGCAAGAAUGGAGUUUCAUUAUGCUCACCCAGCCCUGCUCUCUGUGGCCCAUCUGUCAGACCCUGCGAGCUCUCAGCAUAUGCUUGGACUUGGACUGAAUCAAAGCGCCAACAGACAAAAUGAUGGCAACAUCAGCUCCUGUUUGGAAGAGUCUUCGUGUCUGCCCAGCAGACCUCCUCGCUCUCUCUCACCCACAGGCUAACCACAGCCAAUCACAGGGGUGCAGGGGGGAGGUGUCAGAGGAGAGUCAGCACUUAAUUGGUGAGUUGCAGCGAGUACGCUUUUUUAUAUUUUUCCCCAUUUCAGGUGGGCUCGGCACUGCAGCACAUUCGUCCUCCUUGAACAGUGAUGGUCUCGCUGACUGGAUGACGGAAGAAGUGGAUUUCUCCUCGUACCUCCCAAACCCUCCUUCCCCUCCCUCCUCCACCAAUGCAUCCCUUCCCCCUUCACCCCUUCAGAAUGAUAUCCAGGUGCCCUCUGACUUGGAGGUCAUGACCUCUCUGCUGCAAGAGGAACUAGCUCAACUUGAGGACUACUUCCUGUCAGAACCACUGCCAGAGAAGGGUCCGAGGCUGGGAAAAUGUGACAGGGGUCCACAGCCGGCGGGUCCUCAGCCGUUCAGUCAGCUGCCAUACGCAUCAUACUCGACGUCCAACCAAUCAGAAUCCAGCCCACUUCUUGUUACCCUGGCAACCGGAGAACUGGACCUGCUGAGCAUCUGUGGCGGGCCCAUUGGGCGAUCCAAAAUACCAAGACACACCCCAUACAGCUGCAGUCGCCCCACUGGGUGUGGUAGGAAAAGAGUUGAUGGCGUGAGGUUCAGUGAAGGCUACGAUAGCAGUUUGUUGAGUUCCAAAGGAAGUAUCUCAGGUAACUCAGCAGUGACCCUCACAGGUAGCUAUGGCUGUGUAGAGGACGAGCAGCUGGUUGGAAAAAGCUACUGUCUGGGCAGCGCAGUUGAAGUGAGAAGAUGUGCCGUUCUGCCCAAAGAAGAGAAAAAUUGCUGUUACAGUCAAGAUGGGAUGAGUGGCGCAAAGGUUGUUGGUGCUGGAUUUGGCUUUGGCGGAUCACUUGAUGUCCCGCACAAGAAAGAGGAUUUGUUGAUGUAUAGCAUGAGGGAGGUCAGCGGAGCCACUGGUACCAGUGAGGUGCUGAACAGCAUCAAAGCUAGCGUGGAGGUGACAAAAGCCACCGUGUCUUGGAAAAGCGAGAGCAGCGAGGGCUGUUACCUCACAGCAGCGCCACAAUCUGAGGCCUAUCAUGGCUUCAUAGGCAGCAUCAACGAACAGGUCAAAGCAGAGGGUCUACAGAUAGGGCAACAUGACUUACACUGUAAUUUCCUCGAGGAUCAGGGCCCAGAGUGUCUUUUAAUGGCCAGGGAGAGUCUGAACCUCGAGUCUUCGGGUCACAGGCAAGCUUGCAGGCUGAAAGACGACCACUGUGCGUUGAAAUACGAAGUGGACCUCCUCCCAGCUGAGGGCGGAGAGCGCAAACAGAAAAAGAGAGAUCAGAACAAAACGGCUGCCCACAGGUAUCGCCAGCGAAAACGAGCAGAACUAGAUUCUUUGGAGGAGCAGCUGCACUGCCUUGAAGGGAGGAACCGGGAGCUGCGGGACAAGGCAGAGUCUGUAGAGCGUGAGAUCCAGUACGUCAAAGACCUGCUGAUUGAAGUUUACAAGGCCCGCAGCCAGAGGCUCAAGCAGGACACAACAGCCUAACACCCAGCUACUGCAAGUACAUUCAAAGAGGAUGGAACAGGGAAAACGUUGUAGUGUCUUUAUGAUUGUCCAGAACUGAAUGUCUAAUUUUUUUAAAUGGUGAGUUGGAUAAAUGCAUGCUUUGCUAAUGUGAGUCUUUUUUUUUACAUUUUAAAACGACACUAUCCGAUGCUUCCAUGGCUUUCACACUCGAAUCACUUGAGCCUGCACUGUGGCAUUGCAAUGCUUUAAAUGACAAUCAUUUUUAACAGACUCCACACAGCUUGAAAAUUUCUGAAGUGAUGUUAUUCAUUAUGCAGGUUUAAUCUAAUCUAAUAAUAGCCUUAUAUAGUAAUUGAUGUCAGCAAUAGAACUUAUGUUUCCUUAUUUAAAUUGCUUACUUUCAGUUAAAUAGCAGAAGUUGUCAAAAUAUGUUUUUGUUGAAACAGCAUCCUUUUAUUUUCACAUUUGUUGUUCAAACCAAAUACUUCUCUAGAGUCAUUUUAUCGUGACAUGAAUAGCAAAUGAUUUUAAUUAUUUUAUUUUAAUUUAAUCAUUUGAAUGUACUGACACUUGUAAAUGAAAUUGAGGAAACAAAUUCUGAGAAAACGAAAGCACAUUUCAUCAUUCUAAGCAAAGCUGUUUUUUUCUUUUGAUGUAUUUAAAAUCAUUGUGGCUCUGAUACGUUAAAAUUACAGCUACCCCUGCUUUUUGGAAAACAUUACUUUGUUUGUUUAAUUGGUUUUACUUCUGUUAUUUCAUUACUUUCAAUCUAACAAAUCACUUGCACCUAUUUAAUAUUUACACUCUUUCCAGGGUGAAUACUGGCAUCAUACAGUGCUUGUGGAAGGUUUAUUAAAUAUUAUUGCAAAUUAUAAAAAAUCAUUUUGAAGCUCAGGAUAAGCAGUUUAUCUAAAAUAACUAAAUUCACAGGGUUCUCCUAACAUGCAUACUGGUUUCCUUAUGUACAAACGCUGUAAGUAGUGGAGUUUUAGCAGUCUCCCUCUGCAUGUUAUUUCCAUAAAUGUACUCUCUCGCUCUCUUUCUUUCUCUCCGGAAUAGAACAUGUAGCUUUUCGGAAAUAAGUCGUGGAUUCUUCCUCCAAACUGCUUGUUAAGGCAAUAAGUUUUUUAGGCCUCUGGCUGAUCUGCACUAAUUUGUAACAAUUUUUGUAUAUUCAGGGAGUGGAGUGUGUUAGCAUUUUCUUUGUAGGAAAUUAGCUAAAAUAACUCAUUACAUUAUUUGUUUAGGCUUUUGCAGUGUUAGCUUUGGUGUAAGAGGAAACGGUGUCUUUUAUUUUUCAGUUCAUUCGUUGCUGUUCUAAUAAAAUAAUACUUACUGUUACACAUACUGAGGGUUUUCUAUGUAUUUUAUUUUAGGACAAUCUUGAAUAUAAGCGCAAUUGUAUGCAUAUUUAUUUAUGCUGUUUAUUUAGUUUUUUUUAAAGAUUGUUUUAUUCCGAUUGUUUAAACCAAAAAUGAAGGCAUUUCAUUCGUUUGAAAGCGCACUAUGUUGCUUUUUAAGGCCGACUUAAUUCCAUCUUAUACACAUUUACUUUGUACGUCGUCACCCUUUUCUUUUCCAAAUAAAGUGUGUACCCAACUCA